AUGCUUUUUCGAGAUAUCUUCUUUGCAGCUCUGUCCGGGGUUCCCCUCAUUGGCCCAUCUGCCACCUCAAAGCGCGGCAGCUCCUUGGAACUUGUCGACGGUCCCUCCUUCACAUUUCACUAUAAGACCGAUCGACCAUCGGAGAAGAACCAGAUCGGUAUCUACAGUAUAUAUGGCCAUGGUCCUGGUAGAGAGGACCCCAUAUAUUGGGACUGGGUGCGUGAGUCGGAAGAAAUCAAGCGAAUUGAUGACACCCACCUCAACUGGGGCGCCUAUAAAGCCUACUUCCUGGCCGAUAGUGGAUACAGGGUGCUUGCUGGUCCCAUUGAUAUUUUCCUUUCUGGUGAUGGACCUAUAUCGUUUAAUGUUGAGGAAUUCACAACUAAAAAUGCCCGUGAGGGAGAGAAAUUCGAAGCUCGCGUGAGCGGCCUUUUACACCACGCCCCGGACCCAAACACCAAGUACACCAAGAAAAGCUCUGACGCCGACUGGGUUAGUGUAUCCAAGGAUGGUAUCAUCUCCGGAGUCCCUAGCGGGAGUGGUCUCUCUAAAAUCACCGUGAGGGCUACUGCUUCCGACAGAUCUACUGCCACCGUCGAUGUCAUUGUUCCAGUAGUUGCCUCUGGGAAACCUCUUGUCACUGAACUCACGGUUCUGUCCCUGAACCUUUGGUAUGGAGGCACCAAGGUUAAUGACUACAACCGCAAGCAGAUCUCGGCCAUUGUCAACUCUGGUGCUGACAUUGUCGGUCUCCAAGAAAGCACUCAUGGCCACGCAACUCAGAUUGCAGACGCCCUUGGGUGGCAAUCAUGGCAGGGUGGGGACUCCAGCAUCAUCAGCCGUUAUCCCAUAGCAGAAAAGUACGGCGCAGUCACCGAAACCAGUGUUGCUGUGCGAGUCGCUCUCGACGGCGACAAUAGUCAGGUCAUCCUCCACAACUGCCACCCUUAUGCCUAUCCUUAUGGGCCUUAUGAUCCUUGCUUCUACGGAAAAGAUGCCGACGCCAUGAUGGAUACUGAGAGAAGGGCCAGUCAUUUCCGACAGAUUGAAGAAAUUGUCGGCGCUAUGGCAGACGCCCUCGACAACGCCGACAAAGUUCCCGUUCUUCUUACCGGCGACUUCAACGCGCCCUCUCACCUCGACUGGACCGAUGAGACAAAUUCAUCUCACUGCGGCAUUGGGCAGUUUGACUGGCCCACCUCCAAGGUGCCUAUUGACGCUGGCUUGACCGACGCCUACCGCGAGCUCCAUCCAGAUCCUGUCGUUGACCCUGCCAACACUUGGUCUCCCAUCUACCUUAAUAAUGACGAUUAUGAUGGGCGUCAAGAGCCUAUGGACCGCAUCGACUUUGUCUACUAUAAGGGGAACCUGACUCCCAAGAAGUCCGAGACUUACAUGGUUGGCGACCCUAAGCCCGAGCCUAACCACUCCGAUAACGAGUGGCCUACCGAUCACAAGGGCGUCCUUGUCACAUUUAAAAUUCCAACCUAA